CAAUUUUUGACCAUAACAGGUUAGCAGAUAUUCUUCCCUUAUACAUAACAAUAACCCAAACGCAAGUUAUUUUUCUUCAUUUUCCAUUACAAAGCCAACCGUCCAUUUCUUCUUUUUCUUUUCUCUCCUUCUCUUUUCUUUCUUUUGGCCCUACUAUACCCAUGGCCUGCUCAAGGCAACUCUUAGCUGGAGCAAUAUUAGCAGUCCUGGUUUCUACCUUAUUCAACAUUAACUUCACCAACUUCUCUUAUAAACCAUUCAAUAUAGAAAGACUCCUGAAAGAUGAUUCUGAGCUUCUUCUUCCCCUUGCUAGAGCUGCAACCGGGCCGGAAAGUUUUGCCUUCGACGGGCUUGGCCGGGGUCCCUAUACCGGAAUAUCCGACGGUAGAAUUAUCAGAUGGGAAGAGCAUGAACAACGUUGGAUUGAUUUUGCUGUUACUUCUCUUUACAGAGACGGGUGUGAGGGCCCACACGUGGAUCAAUAUCAGAUGGAACACAUUUGCGGCCGGCCAUUAGGAUUAUGCUUCAACGAAUCGAACGGUGAUUUGUACGUAGCUGAUGCUUACAUGGGAUUGCUAAAGGUGGGACGUGAUGGUGGAUUAGCCACUACGAUUGCGACACAUGGUGAUGAUGAUAUACCGUUUAACUUCACCAAUAGCCUGGACGUUGACCCCUCAAGCUCAGCCCUCUAUUUCACUGAUAGCAGCUCACGAUAUCAAAGGAGGGAGUAUAUAUAUGCAAUAUUAAGUGGGGAUAAAUCAGGAAGGCUACUGAGAUAUGACCCUGAAGACAAAAAAGUGAGGAUACUUCUUGGCAACCUCUCAUUUCCAAAUGGAGUCGCAUUAAGCGAAGAUGGCAAUUUUAUUCUAAUUGCAGAGACCACAACGUGUAGAGUUCUAAAAUAUUGGAUAAAAACAUCAAAAGCUGGUAUUCUUGAAGUUUUUGCACAAGUUCCAGGAUUUCCUGAUAACAUAAAAAGAAGUCCUAGAGGAGGUUAUUGGGUAGCCAUUAACUCAAGAAGAGAUAAAUUUUUGGAAUGGGUUCUUUCACAUCCAUGGAUAGGGAAUUCUUUGAUUAAGCUUCCUUUUGACUUGAUGAAGAUUUAUUCAAUUUUGGGCAAGUAUAGAGGGACUGGCAUGGCAGUUAGAUUGGAUGAAAAUGGUGACAUUUUGGAAGUUUUUGAAGAUAGAAAUAGAUUCAAGACUUUAAGUGAAGUGAUGGAAAAAGAUGGGAAGUUAUGGAUAGGGUCUAUCAAUUUGCCUUUUGUUGGCAGAUACGAUAAGAUUUGAACUUACAAAUUGAUAUGUAUCUUCUAGAGAUCCUAAUCAAGAAAAAAGGGACAACUAUUUUUUUUUAACCACUAA